ACUUUAAACUGGUUCCAAUGUAGUAUUCCUAGUUCAAGGCAAGAUCUCACUAGUAUUUGACGUUCUGAUACAAGUGACAUUUUUGGUUUGCCGGUAUCAACAAAAGAAGAUGGCAAAAACUGUACCAUGUGGAUCACUUAAUAUGCCAACGGUGGGCCUAGGUACAUGGCAAGCUACCGAUGAAGAAGAAUUGGAGAAAGCUUUGAACGCUGCAUUGGAGAUCGGUUAUCGUCAUAUUGACACAGCAGCUGCAUACGAAAACGAACACAUAAUCGGCAAAGUUUUAAACCAAUGGAUCUCCGCUGGUAAAUUAAAAAGAGAAGAUCUUUUUAUUGUGACUAAACUUCCAACCCGUGGAAUCCAUCGUGAUCGAGUUGAAAAAUAUUUAACUGAGUCUUUGAAAAAACUAAGAUUAGACUAUGUAGAUUUGUAUUUGAUCCACUUUCCAGUUGGUCUUGCAGAAACUGAAGGAAGCAUAGUAUUUGAAAAGGAAGACCAUUUAGGAAUAUGGAAGAGUAUGGAGAAACAAGUCGAAGCUGGCAGAACGAAAACUAUUGGUUUAUCCAAUUUCACAGUUAGCCAAAUCGAAAACAUUUUGAAGAACUGUAAAAUUAAACCAGCCAAUAACCAAGUCGAAUUACAUGUUUUUUUGCAACAACCAGAACUGGUACAGUUUUGUCAGAAAAGUGGUAUUUCUGUAACAGCAUAUUCACCACUUGGGACUCCUGGUAUGAAUAUAUUUUUGAAGAAAUUGGGUAUAAAGGAGAAAACUUUGGUCAAUGUAUUAGCUAACCCUGUUAUCUUGAAUAUAGCCAAGAAACACAACAAAACCAGCGCCCAAGUUGCUUUACGGUUCCUGUUGCAGCAAAAUAUCAUUGUUAUUCCAAAAAGCGUCAAUCCUGAACGAUUAAAAAGCAAUUUUGAUAUUUUCAAAUUUAAGUUAGAUGAUGAAGAUAUGAAACAACUUAGAGGGCUAGAAGUUGGAGAAGACGCCCGUAUGGGAGAUUGGAAAAUACUACCAGGGUUAGCAGAACAACCAGCGUAUCCAUUCAGAAGAAACUAACGUUGAAUGUUCAUGCAGUGGUAAUCUUAGUUAGUACAAAAUAAACUACAGUCGGAAAAAUGAAAGAAUACCCAUGAACGAACAUAUAAAACACGCUAUAUUUUCCUGUCACCGUGUCACAAAGAAAAUUGCCCAGUGCAAGUCAGGGGUGGCUUUACCUAUUGUGCAGGGUGUGCUGUGCACACGGGCGCCGGGAUGUUGGGGGCGCCAAGCGCCAAAGAGCAGGUCCUUUACUUUGUUCUUCAACAUAAAAUAUGCUUUAAAACGAUUAAUGAAAAAUUACAUUUGAUUCUACUACACCUUUGGAUAUUUUAAAUUACUUGUAUACAAAUAAAUUACUUUCACUCUUCUCAAAUUUGUUCACUGCUCUUAGAAUUUACCUCACAUUGCCAGUGACAGUAGCGCACAGUGAAAGAUGAUAUUCAAAAUUUUCUAAGGUAAUUGUCGCAAAGUUGAUUGACAAAGGGCCUAGCCGGGUAAAAUGAUGAAAAGUGCCCCCAACUCGAUUCGAAUUCCAUAUAGGUCACCGUUUAGCAUAUAUAGUGAAACUAACUUUCUGAAAUUUUUAGCCCCCUAGGUAGUCAUGUGACCCACCUAGAGCCUAAUUUGGGUUUUUAUGUUUUUAUUUUUUAUCUCAGCCGCAUCGAGAACUAGCCAAAAACUUUAAAUAAGAAAGUUGUAAGCUUUAAAAAGUUCUGUCCGAAAUUUUUUUUUUAAUUUUUGGCGGGAAAUUUAAAUUUUAGAACGAUUUUAAAAUUUUAAAUGAGUAUAAAAAAAUAACUAUGACAUUCAUUUUCACGAAAAAAAUAUAUAUAACGUGUAUUUUUGCAUAAUGUUUCACCCUGAAUUUUUUCAAAUGUUUAAAAUUGGUGAAACGCACCUUUAAAAAUAAAAAACCGCAUUUUUUCGGUUUUUUUUUCGUUUUUUGAUACAAUUUUAUACAUGUUUUUCAAAAAAGGUAACACCGUCACUGGAGUAGGUAAAAAACUGAAAAAUAAUUGGAGUUAGCUUAAUAAGAAAUUUUUGUAACGCCAUCCAUUUUCAAGAUACAGGGCGUUGAAGAAAACAAAAUUUUACACAUUUUUUACGAUUUUGCCGAAACUACUGGCAACAUUGUAAUAAAACUUGGCGGGUUUUUGAGAGGUAGUUAUUGUGCAUAUUUUGACAUACAAUUAAGGAUUUGAUAUUCAUCAUUGGCGCGCUUAGGGGUAAUGGUCUGAACUUUUCAAAGAAAAAAAGAUAGUACGCCACUGACAUAUUUCAAAUUAACAAUCAUUUUUGAAUUCCUCGUUCAAUUUAUGACAAAAAAUCUAUCUUUUCAUACGACGCGCCAUUUUUAUUCAUAAAUAAACAUCUUAACCCUUACAAAGUAUUCGAAUUAGUUUUUAUAAUGGAUGUACGAGUUUCUGUAGAUGCAGAAACUACUAAUAGUAGUAUUUUAUUUCAUAUAAGUUCGAAUACUUUGUAAGGGUUAAGAUGUUUUAUUUUUUAAUAAAAUUGGUAUGAAAAAAUAGGAAGAUAGAUUUUGUAUCACAAAUUGAACGAGGAAUUCAAAAACGAUUGUUAAUUUGAAAUAUGUCAGUGGCGUACUAUCUUUUUUCUUUAAAAAGUUCAGACCAUUACCCCUAUGCGCGCCAAUGAUAAAUAUAAAAUUCUUAAUUGUAUGUCAAAUAAUGCACCACAACUACCUCUUAAAACUCGCCAAAUUGUAUUACAAUGUUGCCAGUAGUUUCGGCAAAAUCAUAAAAAAUGUGUAAAAUUUUGUUUUCUUCAACGCCCUGUAUUUUGAAAACGGAUGGCAUUACAAAAAAUUUUUAUUAAGCAAACCCCAAUUAUUUUUCAGUCUUUUACCUAUUCUAGUGACGGUGUUACCUUUUUUGAAAAACAUGUAUAAAAUUGUAUCAAAAAACCAAAAAAAAAACCGAAAAAAUGCGGUUUUUUAUUUUUAAAGGAGCGUUGCACCAAUUUUAAAAAUUUGAAAAAAUUCAGGGUGAAAUAUUAUGCAAAAAUACACGUUAUGUAUUUUUUUCGUGAAAACGAAUGUCUUAGUUAUUGUUUUAUACUCAUUUAAAAUUUUAAAAUCGAUCUAAAAUUUAAAUUUCCGCCAAAAAUAAAAAAAAAAUUUCUGACAGAACUUUUUAAAGCUUACAACUUUUUUAUUUAAAGUUUUUCGCUAGUUCUCGAUGCGGCUGAGAUAAAAAAUAAAAUCAUAAAAACCCUAAUUAGGCUCUAGGUGGGUCACAUGACCACCUAGGGGCUAAAAAUUUCAGAAAGUUAGUUUCAGUAUAGAUGCUAAACGGUGACCUGUAUGGAAUUCGCAUCGGGUUAGGUGCACUUUUCAUCAUCUUACCCGGCUAGGCCCUUUAUCACUAGUAAGUAUUGAACAUGAAAUAAAAAUUGAAGUAAAUUAUAUUAUUCAAGAUUCUGCUAAUGCAAAAGCACGAAAAGUAUCUUUUUUAUAAUUAUAUGUUGUAGUAUGUGCAUCCUGUAAUAAUUCGUUAAUAAUUUUUUUUUGAAAUAUUCACAGCGUUGUUCUUUUUUAUUCAUUUAACCAAUUCCUUCCUAAAAGUACUAUUUACUCGUGGACUCAAACCUUUCCAAGUUCCUCAACAAAUUUUUAACCUUACCUCAGAGAUAAAAGUUAAUUUUUAAUUAAAUAUUUUUAACAGAUUUGGGUAGGUUGUUCUGCAACCUGUAAAUUGCAAUAUUUGCAUCUGGAUUUUUGUUUACAUUAUAAGCGUACCUAAUGCCUUUAAUACCCCAUGUACUAGUACUAGAUAGGUACCUAUUCGACUAUUCCAUUUUGACUGCGCGUCCACCAAAGGGCGCCAGGGCAUCGACUGCACACGGGCGCUACAUGGGCUAGAGCCGCCUCUGGUGCAAGUACAUGUAACAAUAAUUAUUACAUGUAGGUACUUGCGCUGGCCAAUUUUUUGUGUGACACGUUGAUAGGAAAAUACAGCGUGUUUUAUAUGUUCGUUCAUGGGUAUUCUUUCAUUUUUCCUACUGUAUUAUAUUUUAAGUAUAAUUCAUAUUUGUAAUAUACUCUUAUAAAUAA